AUGAUCAUCGGCCGUUUGCACGCAAUCCCAAACUGGGACAUCGUAAGCACUUCCAGUGCGGAGUCGGAUGACCUACCGUCUCUGACGGACGCGGAGUGGAAGAACUUGGAAGACAGGCAGUACAAGUUGAACCCUUUGUGGCCUGAGAAUGUCUCAGACUCGCUCCCCCCCGAACUCCAACCGUUUCUGCUGUCGCGCCCAGUUGGCACUCAGCAUCUACAAGACAACAAGGCCAAGCUGGCUAGGGAUGAUGAGAAAGAUCAUUCCAUCAGCGAAGAAUCUUCCUUGUUUUGGGACGACGAGAUGGACCACACCAACGAAGAGUCUUCCCUUUUCGGGGACUCGGAUGAGACAGACCACUCCAUCAACGAAACGUCGACACCCGCAAGUUUGCCGCGGGACCGCAUAUCAUUGCCUAAUGUCGGGUUCCAGCCUCCUGUUGGGCAGCAUUAUGCUUGGACGCCCUCUCAUGUCGGGUUACAGCAUCCCGGGGUACAGCAUGUUGCUCGGAUGCCAUCUAGUGUGAAUUUCCAGCCUCUCCCUGGACCGCAUUAUUAUUGGAUGCCGCCAAGUCAGGGGGCCAACGGCAUGAUCAUGAUGCCACCUUCGAACCUGACAUGUCCCUAUGCGAUGAACACCGCAUUUCCACCAAGCACUCAAUUCUACCCACCUGCCAAUGCUUCCACAGCUCCACCCCCGAGCACGUCAUCAUUUAGGCAUCGUACAUACAUACCGAGGACGGGGAAGUGGACACAGCGUUGA